CUCACAUCCCGCCAUAAUUUCUGACAGUGCUUAGCUGACUUCAGUUGGGAAAACAUGGUGGCAGUGAGAAAAUUCAGUAACUGUUUAGUUUUUCUUGCUGUCUGUGUUUGCCUUCAACAUCAUGAAGUCCAUGCUCAGAACACCAUCUUUGGUCAAAUAAUUGAAGGAGUUGCCAAUUUGAUCAUGGCUCUACUGACCAGCAACACUGGCACAGGGAGAAUAAUGGGAGGUACAACAGUGUCAUCCAGGAGUGACUCACCUUAUGCAGCUUUCAUUGCCAUCCAGCCAAUAGAUUUUCCCAUCAUCAACAAGAUCAUCAGGAUACCAUUGUGCACAGCCACCAUCUUGACAUCCACCAAACUCAUCACUGGUGCCUCAUGCUUCAAAGUCUUUGAGGACUUGACAAGGGUGGCAGUUGUAGGGGCACUGAAGACCAUCAAAAAGGACUGGGCUCAUCCCAUAGCUCUUGCAACAUCUUUGGCAAAGCCACUGAUUCAGACCAGACUGAAAACUUACUCAUCAGUGGUUCUAUCUGACACUGACUGCUCCAGCAAAAUUGCCAGCGUUGCCAACCUUGGAACUGGGACACCUUUUGACUCAGCACUGUUGGUAGGAGUCACCAACCAGAUGAUCUGCUUGAACUCAGUUUCUGGAUCUGGAGCAUGCUUUAUUGAUAAUGGUGGACCAAUGAUCAACUCAGAAGGAAAAUUGGUUGGGGUUUUGGGGCUGCUGCUCAAUUGUGGAGAUCCUGCCUCAGUCACUGUUGGCAAUGAACUCUCUGGAGAACACCUCAUUUGGGUCAAACAACAAACUGGCCUUUGAAAGGAAUUCAAAAAAAUGUUAUUUAUGAGAAGAAUGAUUGGAUGUGUUCGUUUGAAAAACACUUGUUGGUGAAAUAAAGAUGAGAACAUUGGCCAAAAUUCCUGAA